GAUCUAUGAAGGACCGAAUCUGUCGCGAGCACGAAAGUAAAUUCUGCUGGUAGCACGCACGCACGCACGCACGCACGCACGUACGCACGCACGCGCGACACGGUUCUCGUCGUCGCGUCUUGUUUCGUCGAUGUUCGAGAUGACGACGUCACGGUUCUAUUCCUGGUAACGUGGACGCAGCGAUAUCUUUAGAGCGACCAUCGGUACAGCCCGAGCUUUCGAGCUUUCCUUUCCUCGCGGCCGCGAAAACGUGCCAGUUGACGAGAGAAGGCGAGGCGGAGAUGAUUUAUACUGACUAAAUCGGACCACACCGCUAGCCCUCCUCUCGCCCGCCCCGCGUGCUUUCCCGAGAGCACGGCGUUCUUAAUUUCACUCUGCCACGCCAUUAUUAUAGUAAUAUAGUUUAUCCAAAACACGGAUAAACGCACUUCGUCCCGUGUCGCGAGAUCUUAUCCUUAUAAAAAUGUAAUACUGGGCAGUAUUAAAUUGGUCGGUAAUUAAUACUUAUUUUUAGUAUUAAAAGUACUGCUAUUAUACUUUUAAUACUCAAAAUAAGUAAUAACUACACUUUUAUAAGGGUAUGGUAGCUUAAGAUGGCAGAAAGUGUAUUCAAAUUUAAAAUUUCGAGAAUCGCCUCCUCCAGAGAAUCACCUAUAAUCUUGAUCUUAAGGGGUAAUAAAGCUCAGUGUUAGCACCCCCCGAAAUAUCGCACAGCCUUCAUUGAAUAAGCUGAGAUCUGAAAAGAGCGAUUUCGUGUCGAUUCCUAAAUCUUCCAAGGAUUCUUCUCUUCAAGGGCUUCAACAAAUCUAGAGAAACUUGUAUGAAAGAAUUGUGACAAAUCUACAAUGAGAUUCAAUGUUUUAAAAUUGACAGGAUUCUCAAAAACAACUAAAGUCGCACUACAUAUAGCGAAGAUAAAAUUCACUAUUUUUUGAUUCGUAAGCAAGUUGGAAAACCGAUUAAGAUAAAAUGUUUAGCGGUAAUAUGAAGUAAAAAUCUACAGCUUUACAAUACUUUCUCAUACAUCAAUAAAAAAAUAUACAAAUUACAUGCAUGUACGUAGCAUUUAUAAUAGCAUAAUAAUAAUAAUACAGAAUAAAAAUGGUAGAGCAAUUACCACGUCAGAAGAUUGCAUAUUUCUCAAAUUAGAAACGUAAAAAUUUGAAAAGCGUCUUCUCGACAAAUCGACUGUCAAUUCACAUCAGGGUUAAACCGUCCAACUGACAUUUUAUUCAAAAAUAUGAAAAUUUGCAAUUGAAGAUUUAAUCGUAAACUACAGAUACACCAUGGCACGAUAAAUAACGCAUAAAAAAAUUGAAACUAACAUUACAAUAAAAAUUAUUCUUUAAAAUAAUAAAUCACUUCAAAAUAUGGACGUCACAGGUAAUUAAGAUAAUAGAAAAAUUUUUAUGCAUACGUAUAUUUCAAUAUUUAAUCAACAUUUGAUCGUUGACGAUGCCAAAAAGAUCGACUGAAGCACGCGACGACGAUGGCCCGAAACUCUUAAGGCAUUUUCGUAAAGCUUUCACUUCCGGAAAUAUUCGACAGAUUAAUCAUGAAUCAAUUAAAUCACUACGUUUCAACCUAUCAGAAGGACUAUACCUGGCCUUACAUAUCGUCUACAUGUUGUACUCCACCUCCCACCAAACCGAUCGUCAUUAAAGCUUGCAUUUGUACCGAUUUGCAACCAGCAUAUAAAAAAUUGGAACGCGAUGGCACUCUCGAUUGGAGUCAGAUGGGUCCUACGGGACAACUCGUGUUGCCAAAGAUUUAUCCCAAGAUCAAACAGGCUCCUGUAACGGAUGUACCGCCAUUCGAUCAGCCAUCCCAUAUUUGCCUCAGGGAAGGCCGUCCUGAUUUGAUCGAGAUGUUGGAGAGAUCACUUCCGAGGGAAACGAUUGCGCGGGUGAACGGUGAUCGCAUGAAAACAACGUAUCAAAUGGAUUACAGCGAUCCUGCAGCAUCACGUACAACGCAACGCGACUUGGCCGUGGCGGUUGUCGAUGCGAACGGUCGACACGUACCAUGUGGUGUGCCAAUAAAGAUAACCGUGGAAACUGAUUGUCCAUCGUGUUGUCGUCUCCCCGUCUCAACGCGUAACGGAGAUACGGGUGCUUGGGAACGCGUUCGCAAACGAAUGGCGGCAUCAAAACGAAAUGAAAUAAAAUGUAGAGCUGUCGGGAGGCCGCAGAUGACACCCAUUCAUCCAUGGAAAUCGGAGUAUCAGGACAACAUCAGUAGAAUCGGUCACGUGAUUGCAAAAGCCAAACUGCAUCACGCAAGGAAGAAAGCUGUACCGUUUCAGUAUCAGUACAGUGUUACAGCCAAUUGAAUGUAUCAAGGGACUUGCGACCAGCCGCCAAAUUAUAUAUACACAUAUAUGAAAUACGAUUUUGUGAAUAAACAAUGUAGAAAAUUAAAAUUUAUUAACGUGUAAAAAUAA